GUCACGCCCGCACGCAUUUUCUUCUUUACAGGUGGCUCGGCCUUUAACGAUGCAUCACGGGAGCUGGCCAAGAUCUAUGCCCACGUGAGCUAUUGCUUGCCUGUCUCGGACGACGGCGGCAGUACAGCGGAAAUCCUCCGCAUCCUGGGGGGGCCGGCCAUUGGCGACAUCCGGUCCCGACUCCUCCGUCUGGCCCGAGAAGACACUCCCGAGCAGCGAGCCGUACUGAGUCUCCUGCAGCACCGCCUGCCUCAUGUCACAGCGGAAGCGCGCGAGCAAUGGUUGGCCAUUGUAGAGGGCUCCCAUGAGCUGUGGAUCGGCGUAUCGGAUGCCUACAAGCAUAUUAUACGCUCUUUCUUGCUCCAAUUCAACUCCAGCAUCCUCCAAGCGAGCGGCCCCCCGUUUGACUUUCGUGGGGCCAGCAUCGGCAACUGCUUCUUUACCGGGGCCCGCAAAUUCUUCCACUCGCUCAAAAGUGCUGUCCAUCUCUGGAAAUCCGUGGCCGGAAUCCCUUCCGUGACCAAGGUGUUGCCUGUCAUCAACACACACCACACCCUCACCCUAGGAUGUGCGCUGACCAAUGGCACCCAGGUGUUUGGGCAAAACGAGAUCAGCCACCCAGGCACACAGGUGGACAAAGCAGUAGGCACUGAUUCUCGGCUUCAGUCACCGAUUGAGCGUCUCUUCUAUGUGAAUCAGUGGGACCAGGCACGGCUACAGUUGUUGUUGCUUUUAUUUCUGGCCAUGGAUCAAGAGGUUGCAGAGCAAUUGCGAGGCGCUGACAUGAUUGUCUAUUCCAUGGGCUCGCUGUAUACGUCGAUCGGGGCCUCGUUGGUCGUCGGUGGUGUUGGCCCGACCAUCGCCCAGCGCCCGUGUCGAAAGGUCUUGCUGUUAAAUAGUCGCAAUGAUCGCGAGUCUGGAGAUAUACCUGCAUCAGGCUACGUGACGGAGAUUGCA